CAGAACAUCUACGGAUCGGAUGAUGGGUAUUACUCAUCUUACACGGGCAAUGCUAACAACAAGAAAAACUAUCCUCCGACGAGGAAUACCGAAAACUUGAGACGCAUUUGUCGCAAUGAUUGUGAGCUGCUGGAAAACGAACUGUGUCAGACGGAGUACGCGAUCGCAAAGCGACAUCCUACAAUAGGGCAGAAAUUGCCACUUGAAGAGUGCGAUGACCUUCCUCUGCAGAAUUCGGUAGACGGUACAAUUCUCAACGGGAUUGAUAAACUGGGCAGUUCUGCUGACAUGGAAUGCAUGCGACUGGGCAUAAAGAUGGAUAUCGUACCAGAGGACGACUGUUUCUGGGAAAAUGGUUACAGCUAUCGAGGAAUUUUGGAUACGUCCGAGACCGGGAAACCUUGUCUAAGAUGGUCGAAACUGAUGCGAGAAAUAUCCAACUAUCCGGAGCUUGCUGGUCACAACUACUGCCGAAACCCUGGAGGAGAGCAAGCUUCUCCGUGGUGUUACGUAGAUCUAAAGAAGACCAUGGAAUUUUGUACUAUCACUCGGUGCUCUGAUCGCAUGUGGAUGUACAUUAUUGCUGGUUUCAUAGUUUUCUCCGCAACAAUCGUCGUAGCCAUCACAAUAGUUUGCUGUCGCAAAUAUCGGAAGCACGGCGUUUCCAACAUUCAAAACAUCAAUCUACCGAACGCAGACAAGAACAUCUACGGUAACUCCCGACACAAUUCACCAAUCGAAAUGACCUCGCUGAUGGCGAAUCAAAAUUCAACUGGAGCCAUCAGUCGCAAUACUGAAAACGGGGGUAUCCAAGGACUUACAAGUGGUCAACCGGGUGGUCAAGGUCAACCUUCACAGUCUCGGAACAACGGAAUCGCUCGAGUUCCGCAGUAUACCCUUCAGGAUGUUCGUUUCGUCGAAGAACUUGGUGAAGGCGCUUUUGGAAAGGUCUACAAGGGUGAACUUACCCAAAAAGAUGGUGACAAAAUCUUUGUUGCGGUAAAGGCUUUGAAGGAAAAUGCUAGCGCUAAAACACAGGCUGAUUUCAAAAGGGAAAUCGAGUUGAUAUCCGACCUGAAACAUGACAACAUUGUAUGCAUUUUGGGAGUGGUGUUAAAGGAGGAACCUCUUUGUAUGCUCUUUGAGUAUAUGGCUCAAGGCGAUCUACAUGAGUUCUUGAUUGCCAAUUCACCAAACGAAGGCAAGCAACUCACACAGCUGCAAUUCCUUUCAAUUGCUCAACAAAUCUGUGAUGGAAUGGAGUAUCUAGCCAGCCAUCACUACGUCCAUCGUGAUUUAGCGGCCAGAAAUUGCUUGGUAGGAGAUCACCUGACGGUGAAAAUCUCUGACUUCGGUUUGUCUCGCGAUAUCUAUAGUUCUGACUACUACCGUGUUCAAUCUAAAUCUCUUCUACCAGUCCGCUGGAUGCCAUCCGAGUCUAUCUUGUACGGAAAGUUCACAACGGAGAGCGAUGUCUGGUCCUUCGGAGUGGUUCUCUGGGAAAUCUACAGCUACGGGUUGCAACCCUACUAUGGGUACAGCAAUCAGGAAGUGAUCAACAUGGUUCGAGCUAGGCAGCUUUUGCCCUGUCCGGAAGCUUGUCCUAGUGCCGUUUACUCGCUGAUGGUAGAGUGUUGGCACGAGCAAGCCGUACGGCGUCCAACGUUCCCGGAGAUCGGGCAUCGACUGAAGAUUUGGUAUCAAGCCCAGAAGAGAAGUGAACAAACAGAUCAAUCUUUCAACCGCAAAGGAUCCGUCUUGAGUGUCAACAAUCAACGAAUGUCCUCGCAAGGCAACCUGAAUGCCGUUACGCCAUCGUCCUCCUCCAGUCAUCACUCGCUGAGCCGGAACCCUCAGAUGGAAUUCCCUCCGCAGCAUCCACAACAACAAGCACCUCAACAGCAUUCGUCCCACGCGCACGGUUCCCAUCAACCACGCAAACAUCAUCACUCGCUGGAACGGGAGAAGAUCCUACGCAACAGCCAUCAGCAGCACCAGCAGCAGCAACCUUCAUCGCAUCAUCAUCAUUCGCGUUCCCAUAACCAGAACCACAACUCGUUGGAACGUUCCAGCAACGGAAAGCUGGACGAUGGCGAGCAAUUCGAGACUCAAAGUAAUCGAAGUUUCUACCACAACACUGGCACUAGUCGUAGCAGUAAGAGCAUUCAUUCGAUGCAAGAACAGUCACAAUCGCAACAAAUACAGCAACCUCAUCAACCUGCGGCAUCCCAAGCUUACAAGAACUUUAGUCUGCCGAGGAAAAGUAUCGACAGCAAUUUAGAAUUCGGAGACGGUGAGAUAACCGCUGCAAGCAGUCCUGGGGCAGGUUACUCUGAACGUAGCAAGCGUCCUCCAAAAGAUCCUCAUCGACAUCAUCAUCAUCACCAUCAUCAUGGAUCCGGUCGAAGCAGAAGCCGAAUCGAGAACUCGGUAUCCUCUCUGAACAGCGAGGCGGAUCUGGGUCAGCAGAAUCAAUUCAUACCAAAGAACAGCACCCAAUCGUUGGCCCAGCCAUCGAUGAGUCGGAAACCGAGCAGCAGUGGCAGCAUCCUUAGCGUUACCAGUGAAAGCAACGGAACUUUCGGUGCCGGCAACGUCGCCUACAACCACAACAACCUAGCGGCAACUCCGUCCAGCAGCGAGUUCACUGCAAAUGGAACGGCCAAUCCUGCCACGACCGGAAUUCCGCUGAUGCAAAGCUCCUACCACGAGGGAUAAAAACCGUUUCCAAAUUAUUUAUUCAACCAUUCAGCAUGCAUUUGUCAUAUAAAUAUUAUAUAGAUAGUAGGCUAAGAGAAAAAAGUGUUGACGGUACGAGAGAGGUGAUUCACGAAGGAAUAGAUUUAUAGAUGAGCAAUCUAAAGAAGAAAAAAAAACAAACGUGACCAGAGAGGUAAGGCUCAAGCGCAACCUGUAUAGGACGAAUGGUUCUCAAGUAAACAAAAAUACUACGGAUGCUACUAGGCUAGACGAUAGCGGAAUGAGUUAAUAAGAUUUAAACGAAUUGUAACGAUGAUCUCUAGGUUUGGAUUACAACAGUCUAAAAUAGUGAGCAGUGGUUUUAGUUUUUUUUUUUAAAUUUACACGCUUGACCUUUAAUUUGACAAUUAUAAUUUUAUUUAACAAAAACAGGCUGAUUUUAAUAAAUAGGUUUUACAAUCCAAUAUUUGGGAAAGACUGAAAUACGAAUAAAUUCACAGCAUUUACUUCAUUUGCAACACUUCGUGGAAACAACUUUAGAUCGAUUCUCCGGAUUUUUUUUCACUUAGUCAGUCAUUCAUCUGAAAAAUAUUCUCGAAUUUUAUUACUAGACAUAAGAAGACACGACGGCAAAUGAAAAUGUCUAGUGAAAUAAAUCUAAGUAUUACUGGA